AGACGGGAGGAAAAAGCAGCAGAGCGAGUGGGCAAGAGGAAGGGGGUAAAACUGCAGUGUGUGUGUGUGUGAGUGUGUGUAGUUUUUAUCCCUCCCCUGAGCAGAUCUUUAUCAAUUCUGGUACUCCACUAUUGGGGUGCAUUUCAAUGAGUGUCUGUGUGUGUAUAUGUGGCAGAGUUGACAGGAGGACAGAGUAAAAGUGUCUCGGAGCCUGUGGAGAACGGGAAGAGCUUGGUGUCCAGGAAAGAGCAACCUGCACGGAAGGGACCGCGUGUGCAGCCUAAAUGACGAAGUUCAACUUGUUCAGGCAUCAGACAGCACCCAUGGUUGCUGCUAAGCCGACGGGGGCCAGUGCCUUGAGUGUGACUUCAGCCUCCGUCGCCGUCUCCACCGACAACUCCACCGAGCCCGUCAACGACAACAAUGCCUUCGACGAGAUCAAGAACAAGUUCCUGAACGAGAUCGACAAGAUCCCACUGCCAACCUGGGCCAGCAUUGCCAUCGCCGUGGUUGCCGCUCUACUCAUUCUAACGUGCUGCCUCUGCAUCAUCAAGAAAUGCUGUUGCAAGAAGAAGAAGAACAAGAAGGGCAAGAAGGGGAAGGGUGACAUGGGAAUGAAGAACCUGAAAGGCGGAGAGAAACCACAGGAUGACGAUGAUGAAGAAGAUGACGUCGAACCUGGACUGACUGGAGACGAGAAAGAGGAGGAAGUGAAGGAGAAAGAGAAGCUCGGGAAGCUGCAGUACUCUAUUGACUAUGACUUCCAGGAGAACAAGCUGGCUGUGGGGAUCCUGCAAGCUGCUGAUCUCCUCUCUAUGGACAGCGGCGGCACCUCUGACCCUUACGUCAAGGUCUUCGUCCUUCCCGAUAAGAAGAAGAAGUAUGACACCAAGGUUCACAAGAAAACUCUCAAUCCCGUCUUCAACGAGUCGUUCUGCUUCAAGAUUCCAUUCCAAGAAAUGGGAGGGAAGACACUUGUGAUGUCCGUCUACGACUUCGAUCGCUUCUCUAAACAUGAUGUCAUCGGUGAGAUUAAAAUACCCAUGAAUACCCUUGACCUGGCUAAGCCAAUAGAGGAGUGGCGAGACCUGGACAGCGCGGAUCAAGAGGAGCCGGAGAAACUGGGUGACAUUUGCAUCUCCCUGCGUUACGUCCCCACUGCCGGAAAACUCACCAUCUGUAUUCUGGAGGCUAAGAACCUGAAGAAAAUGGACGUGGGUGGACUGUCAGAUCCCUAUGUGAAAAUCAACCUGCUGCAGAAUGGAAAGAGGCUGAAGAAGAAGAAAACAACGGUGAAGAAGAACACUUUGAAUCCGUACUACAACGAGUCCUUCAGCUUUGAGAUUCCUCUCGAGCAGAUGCAGAAAAUCCAAGCUGUGAUCACAGUGCUGGAUUAUGACAAGAUUGGCAAGAACGACGCCAUCGGUAAGAUCUGGGUGGGAAGUAAGUCCACGGGUGCCGGGCUCAAACACUGGUCCGACAUGCUGGCCAACCCCCGCCGUCCCAUUGCCCAGUGGCAUCCACUGCAGCCAGAGGAGGAGGUGGAUGCUUCCCUCGCGGCCCUGAAUGCCAAGAAGUAAACUCCCAUCAGAACACAUCGUCCCCUCCUGCACCCACUGAACCCAUGCAUUUCCCAUUCAGAUCCCACAUGUCAGUGUAUAUCCCCUCCCCCCCUCCCGACCCUUCCACCCUCCUCCUUUUUCCCACUGCCACCUUUAAAAAGAUAAAUUGAAAUCAUUUGACAUGAUGGGGAGAUAUAGUUACAAAAAAAAAGGAGAAAAAAAAUCAUCAUGUUAUAUUUAAUCAUGCCAUUGAAAAAAAGAAGAUGAAUUACAGGAUGGACAGAGACUCCGUUGAUUUCCUUUAGAUCUAUUUUUGUAUUGGGGUUGUGGUUCCAUUAAUAAGAAUAAAGACUAGACUGUAAAGAAUAGUUAGAGUGCUAUACGGGAAUCUGGCGAUAAAGGGGAUAAAACAUACAGCCACUCAUAUUGUACUCACUCUUUCCCUUUAGUGACACAGUUUGCUUAGAAUAGCGCUUAAUAAUAAAAUGCUUUAUACUGCCAUAGGACAGAGAAAUAACACAAGCAGGUCCAUUCCUUAGGUGUAUCGUGCACCAUGUUUCACACCUGCCAGUUGUAUCAUACUAGAUGAUUCCUGUUAGUUUGAAGUACAUUCCUAGAGUUGGGUAGCGAGUAGGGAUAAGCACAUAUCCAGUUACCCACAGACACACUGCCGUUUUGAUUAGUUAACCCUCCACCCUUCGUCUCAGGAAAACUGAGAGGAAACUGAAGCUCCAUGCCUUUUUUUCUAAACGGGUUGCUGUUAUUCAAAUACUCCACUUGCCGAGAACGAAAUCACGCUUGACCGCUUGUUGUUGUUGUUGUUGUUGUUGUUGUUCUUUUUCUGUUGGUGACGUAAGGCUCACGACUAGUGUUAAUCUUAUCCAUGAAAUGGAAAAUCAAGGGGGAGAGCGGGGAAGUGAUGGAUUUUUCGGUCAAAAAGAAAAAAAGGUGUGUGUGUGUUAUGUGUGUGUGUGUGUGUGUUAUGUGUGUCGACUGCACAAAAAAAGGCUGCGUCUGUCAUCUGAACGGCAAAGAGCGAAAAAAGGUAUCAGAGCGAGGAACAGCACAGACUGAUUCCAAACACCAAUGACAUGAUGUUAACCAUGUGUCAAUUACUGCCUGCAGUCCACCACCUCCUCCUCCUCCUCCCCUCCUCCUCCCAACGCCUCUGAAUCUGUAUCUCACUUGUUCAGUGCUACUGCCAUUCGUCAUGGACUUGACACAAGGGUUUUACUUCAAAGGAAUCCCUAUAACCGUCUUACAGUCAUAAAGGAGACAAGCCUUCCAAGUAACAAAAUAAGCAAUUUUCAACUACCAGGGACGCCUUCCAGUUAGCGGUGUUGUUCUCUUCAUUUCUUUCAACGUUUUAUUUCCUACUUGUUUUUCCUUCUAUUGAUCCUGUUGUGUUUUUUAUUUCAUUCUACUUUUAUUCCUUAAGCACUUUAAAUCCAACUGUUUUAUUUAUGUGCCCUCGCAAACAAGAGCUUUAAUUAUUUAAGUUAAGAAUAAGUGGCUUACAGCCUAUUUUUUGGGGGGAGAAUAAGGAGCAAGGGAUGAUUACAUUAUAUCAUCAUUUCAUCAUUUUGUUUUUCCUCAGCUUUUCAUGUAAAUGUUUGGAUGUUUACGUUUCACGACUGAUUGAAAGGAAAUUGAAUUUAUUUGCACUACUGGGUAUUAUUCUGUUCCGUGGUUGUGUGCAAAUGUUGUGAGAUUUAUUUAUUUAUUUUUGCUGUGGCACAUGUGGCACACCAGGUCUCCUCCUCCUAUAAAUACGGGCUCAUCUGAUUAAGACGCAGCUGCUUCCUGGCCCAUUCACAGAAUGUAAUCAUUUGUGUUUUUGUAGAGGAAUAAUUUAAGAUUGAACUGACAAAUGCCACACUGUUAUUUGAAACAAACCUCACACACCCUUGAAUAAAUUAGUGGAAGCUUAAAUGUUAAUCUGCAUCCUCUAGUAGCCAGGUGAUAAGACUCCACUUGUGCUUAAUUAAAGUCAAGUCUGUGUCUGAUUGAGCACAUCUAAAAAAACAAACAAACAAAAAAAACCUACCUGUUGACUGUGUAUAAAAUAACACAAUUUGUCAAUGUAAAUCAAAACGUAGGCAACAUUUGAACAAUUGUUGGCUCUUAUGUUUAGGUUUUUAAUAAUCAAACACAGACCAUGAUCACAUUUUGUAUUUUUCACGUCACGUUAUCUUUACGUUUAUUUUCUUCUGUUGAUGAAGCAACACUAAAGAAAAGGCAACACGGAAGCAAUCAAGCAAACCCAUUGGUCUGUAGUUUUGCCAAUAAUAUAUAGUUCAUACACGUUGAUACUGCAUGUUUAUACAAAAUACUGUACAUAAGAGCAUGUUUUAGAGACAAAGCAAAAAUAUCUCGUGUACGUAAAUGGGUGUCAUUUGUCAUUUUAAUAACACGGCGAAAGGGAGAAGAAGAAAAAAAAAGAUGCACUGUAUAUUUUUUAAAUGAAACAAAAUGUGUGUUUAUUUUCCAUGAGGGUCAUUGGAGAGAAUGUCAUACAGUACAAAUAUUACAGUACUUAUUACUUAAUAAGAACCUUUCCACGCCUGAGAUUCUUAAGCAAAGUGUGUCGUCCAGUACUGUGUGUGAGUUCAUGUAGGAUGAAAAUGUAGCCGCAUGCUUGCUAUCUAAUUCCUUGUGAUCAAAGUUUGUUUUUUUUCUGUUCGAUUGCCAUUUAUUCACCAUGCGUUUUUGUUUCAACACUUAUCCAAUGGACUUAUUUAGAAGAUUUGAUGCUGUUGCUUUUUUUUUCUUCAAUCUGUUUUUUAGUCUUUCAUGUUUGGUAUAUUGGGGCGUCGGGUCUCCAAGUCUGUAAGACCAGACGAUUUUCUAACACAUUCGGCACAGUGUCAUGAGAAGAAGAUUGAAUAAUUCUGCAAUCUGUAGGUAGAUUGAAGGAGUCGUUACGUGUGCCAGUACAGACCCAGAAUAAAGUCUGUUGGAUCCUAUCUUUAUAUAAUCUCAUCCCAGUGAACACAAAUGACUUGGAAUCCCUUCUUCUCUCUCUCUUUACUUUCUUCUAUUUAAAUGACCUGAAACCCUUCAUGGCUGUCUCUUUUACUGUGUUUAUUAUAGAAUAAUGUGUAUGUAUAUACAAUAUAAAUGAAUAAGAUAAAACUAAAGCCAUAAAACUCAAGCACUAACUCUUUAGAGCUCAGCUGAGUAGCUGGAGUUUAUUAAUGAAGAAGAAGAAGAAAAAAAAUCGGAUGUCUUCAUUUUCCUUGGCCAGUGUUUCUCUUUUACAUUCCGCUCAGAGGUCUUUGUUCAUCAAGAGGGCAAAAAUCCAUUUUACUGUAUAUGUGUGAGCAGUGGGAGCAGUUGUGACUUUAGUAGAGUGAGUGUGUGUUUUUCUACUUUCAGAGCUGUUGAUGUCCUUGUUUCUUAGAGGUAGCUGAAUUUACAGUAUCGUGAUUAGUAAUGUAUCUGCCUCGUUUUGAUAGUAUAAAUAUACAAUCUCAUCACAAGUUCCCACAUAAACUGCUGAAUCUAUAUAGUACAUAUACAUACAUAUACAUAUAUACAUAACCUAUAUGUAAGAGUGUGCUCUAUUCUUGGGCUGAGUGCAAUUUAUGAACCGAACUGAGUCUGACUCUUCAAGUUUCUCUUCUACACGUACAGUGAAUAAUAACUGCUGCUUAUGCUGGUUGUUAGUUUUCUUGAAAACCACGAGCAGCAAUAAUACUAUUUGAGUUCCAGCAACAUGAAAGUGACAAGAGAGAGAAACUGUCGCUCACGUUUUAGGUCCAAAUCCCUCCCAUAGAACUAUGCAUAAAGUAACAGAAUAUAAUGAAAACAAUAUCUAAUAUAAGUAUAUAAAAUGAAAAAAUGUGAUGCACCUUACAUGGGAUAUAAAGAAUAUCAGUAAUGGAAAAUGAAGAGAAAUUAUAAUGAGAACACCGAUUUCACUUUUGUUCAUUAAAUUACUAGUUGGAGCAAGGAGAUGUUAGCUUAGCUUAGUUUAGCUUAGCGUACACUGAAAACUAGCACUCCUCAUAGCCUCAUGGUGAUUAAAAAUAAAGAAGCCUUUCCUUCACAUAAAAUAAUCUACUUUAAACUACAGUAUCAUAUUAACAGAUUAACAGAAUUACAUAGUAUACGUUAAUUGUCUUUUUCACUUUUUCCAGCCAACAUGCUAAACUAAGCUAACUGUGUCUAAUCAUCUAAUUUGGCAAGAGAGUGAAUGUACAUUUUGAACUCGACUGGCUCUUUACACGGCAGCCAUGUUGACACACAGGUGUUACUGAUCACGUUAACGAUGGCUCUGCUCAGUUCUUUUAAGUCAGGACAGUGAACCAGCAUAAACCUUUAAUCCGAGGACGAUCUGGAGCUAUAUAAGCUGUCAUUCCUGUGAUUAGUUACACUUUUUAUUUCCCUAAUGUGGUUUUGUCAACUCCCCCGUGUGUGCACAGGUUGUCUCCGGUUUCCUCCCAAAGUCCAAAAACAUGCAGAUUUGGGGAAUUAGGCAAAUUGUGAGAGUGGAUGGUUGUUUGUUUGUCUCUCCCUGUGAUGGACUGGUGACCUGUCCAGGGUGGACUACAGCCUUUCACCCUAUGUCAGCUGGGAUUGGCACCAGCGCCCCCUCAUGUGGAGGAAAAAGCAGUAGAAGAUGAGUGAGUGAGUGAGUGAGGGUUUUGUCAAAAUGGCUGCUGUGCAAAGCGCCCGUUGCAUUUCCUUCAGUUUACCUCAGUAUCUGACUUUUUUUGUUUUCCGCAGUAAGCUGCCAUGUCUCUGUGCUUACGACAACCCUCAGUCAGUGUGUCUCUCUGAUAACACACAUUAUCUAAUGCAAUAUUAUGCUUCUACACUGUCCCAUUAUAAUGCCACUUACUGUGACCAAAUGAUGCACUGAGUGUGAUUUCAAUACAAGAUCUCAAUGUGUUUCAGAAAUACUGCCAGUACCUGAUUACACUUGCCUGCAUUUGUCGCCACUGUUUAAAUCCACGUGAACAGGACACAUCAGAUGAUGAGGCAAAUGUGAAUACAGGUCAAUUUAUAGCACACUUUAGAUUUUUAUUUAUUUUUUUAUUUCCUUUCACUGCUCACUACAGUCACAUGACCACUGGAUAUCUUAAGUUUUAUGGGGGACAGAGACUGGGAGUUGUGUGUGUGUGUGUGUGUGCACGUGUGUGUAGACGUGUGGGGGCUGUUUAGCAGACAUGGUGCAAAAACACUGGGAUAUGUAAUUACCAUAUACAGUACAGGUCUGCAUGCGUUGGUUACAUUGCUCAUUCCUAAAUGUACAUCUCUGUGUGUAUGACUUCAGUCAAACAACCUUAGUUUUGUAUUAAAUCUGUGGGUUUGUCUGCUUUGUUGUGUAGAUUUUACAACUGCCACUGAAACUGCGCCGUUUCAGCUGUGCAAAGACAGCUGGAGAGCACCAUUCACGCUUUCUCCUUUUGUUUUGUUGUAAACAAACACUGGGAUUUAAAAAGGGAAAACAUCCAAAGUUUCCGUAGAUCAUUUGCCGCCUUGUCAAAAUGUGUCGUGACACCACUUUGAAACACGAUGUCUUGUCUCCUCUAUUACUCGCUGUACUUCUGUAUUAUUGUGCGUAUGUGUAUCGCUUAUGUCUAUUCAUUUAUUUUUUGGGGGUUUUGUGACGUAGAUUGUAGGACAUUAUUUGAGUCAAUGCCACAAAGACACAUAUCACUAUGCUCUUCCAGAUUUGCUCUUUUGUUUUUGUGUCUUUCUGUGUCUCUCGUUUAUGUCCCAUCAGUGUUGUUGUGCUGAACAGGAAGCACCGGGUUCGCCACUGAACCUGCUCUUUCUGAGUGUUAAGAACGCCGGGCUUCAUGCUUACAUCAUGGACAUACUGUAUACUGCCAAACAUGCAGGACCGUACCAAACUCCCCUCUUGAGCGCUUAGUCCUCCACUUCAUCCCUGAUGCAACUUUGUUCUUAAGACUCAUUUUAUUUUCAUUUUUUUAUCCUCCUCCUCCUCUCUCUCUCUCUUCUUCAUCAUCUUUUAAAGCAUCGGAGGACAGCCAGGUUGUGUCCUCUAGCUGUGUUUCUUCGUGUCUAGUGUCGUGGUGCGCGUGUUCAUGUCAGUACUUGUGCCUACUGUGGAUCGCAUGCUUUAGCCCUUGACUGGACACAAACGUUGCUCACAAACUCCUCUUGACCCUUACGUGGACAAACGUUGCGGAUCCUUAUAAAGUAAUCAAGGGAACCAAAUAACUUAAUACAAAUUUAUCAUAUGUGUGAACAGUUCUGUAAAAAAAAAAAAAUACAAAUAGGAAAUAAAGGCCUUUUAACUACCCUGA